AUGUGGAAUGAUAUAUCAAACGAUCUCGGGGUGAACCCCAACAGCGCUCGCGAAAUAUGUGAAGAAGCGAAGAGAUGCGCAAGUGACCCUACAAGCUUUGAUUCAGUGUUGCGCUGUGUGGGAAAAUUAGACACUCUGCCGAAUGGCCGGUACUCCAUCGCAAAUACCGAGCACUUUAAUCAUCGGCUCAGCUCUUAUGGACAAGACGUAUUCGCCACUGAAGAGAUGAUGACAUAUUGGGAUGUCCGGUUCAACCCUGCGGAGAAGAACUACACCAUAAUCCACGUCAAUUCGAAGCUCGUCUUGGAUUUGGAGGGUUCUGGCAAUAGACCCGGCACAAAUGUCAUCGUCUAUCCGAAUCACAACACUGGAAACCAAAGAUGGAAAUUGAAGAGAUUGCCAUCAGGUAAUUACUAUGUCAAGAAUGUGUCAAGCCCUAAGCUCAUGCUCGCUCUUACCUCCUCACAACCGGAGUACAUGAUGCGUGUCACUGGCGAAGAAAAGGACCCCAAUAACCUAUUGAGACAAUGGACAUUUAUUCCACGAUGA